AUGCUUCACGUCCUUUCAAUAUUUUCAAUGAUUUUCGUUGUACUUCUUGACGCGCGAGGAGUUUCACACGUGAGUUUUUCUCUAAUUCAAAGCUUCCAUAGGAAAAACAAUCAUUAACAGUUGAAGUGAAUACUUUUCUCAAAGUUUGAAUAAAUUAUUUCUUCCAGAAAAAGUCAAUGAGCGGUUUUGGAGAGAGGUUCCAUGACUCAACUGUCGACGAAUUCCCAUGUGAGAAGCCGCCUUUCACCUCGAGGCUUCCCAUAAGAAUUCGCACCAAGUUUGUCUUUGAAUUCAACAAGAAAUCAAUUUUGUUUUACUUGAUUUCAGAGUCGAACUGAUUUGGAAAGAUGUGGAACGUAACGGAAACUGCUGGGUCGAAAUGGCUCGCACAAGGAAUCUCCUUUUGCGUCUGACAGCUGAGGAAAGGUCUCAGAUAGCAAAGCCACCGAAAGAUUGCAGAGUAAGUACUACGAACUUGAAUUGAAAACGGGUGAAAUCAUUAUUUCUAGGUACCGGACGUCGUUCAUCAAUUACCUAAAACGGCUAAGAGGAGAAUCAUGAAAAUCUGGAAAGAUCACAAAACGGGAGACGACUGUUGGGAGCAGCAAAAGAGGACCAGGUUAGUUACGCUUGACUUGAAAAAUAAAUUUUUUUAUUUAUUUAACCAAUCAUUUUCCAUUUAGCUUUGUCCUUUCAAAUUAUCUUAUUCUUGGAUUCAGUAAAUGCUUGAUUUCGAAUUGAAAAAAACCAUGAUCGCAUAUGAAAUGGCUUAAAUUUUUUCCGCUAGAGCAGCUUUCGACUGAUUCGUAGCUGAAGUCGUUUUAAGCCGGUUGCAAAAGUCUCGCACGUGUUAAGCGCAGAGCCAUUCCACAUGCGACCAUGAGCUUCCAUGUCAGAGUUUCAUCGUCAUUUUGUAUCCUUACUCCAGGCUGCUCCUCCUUAACUUGCCAAUGACCAUGAAAAAGCUUCUACACCCUCCGACGUUUGAUUGCGCUCUGCCGCACUUUAUCGAUCGCCUCGAGCCAGAUCUACAAGUUCGAUUUCAUUUUCCCUUCGAAUUUUAAAAUGAGACUUCAGAAAGAACUAAGAGAUAUCUGGGUCAAUCACAAGCCUGGAGAAUCUUGCACAGAGGUACUCUUUCCUAUUUUUUUAAAAUGAAAACAUUUAUUUUAAGGAAGUCGACAAGCAAAUUCAACUUCUCGAGAAACACGAGAUUUCGCUCCAAUCUUUUCAGGUAAGCUUACCGAGAUUCCUUAUCAGUUUACUCUACAGAAACAUUAACAAAUUUCAAAAAGAGACAAGUCUUCAGGGUAUUAUUCAAUUUUUUGAUGCAGCCAAAGACUGUAGAUUUUUUCUUUAUUUUUUUUUCACGCUUUUUAGAAGCUUCUAACGAAGUCUAGCUAUCAAGCUAUAUAGUUUUUGAAACGAAAAACUUUUUGAAUCAAAACCUAAGGUUCUUCCUUUCUUCUUAUGUUGUAUAUAGUUUUGUUCUCUUACAGAUGCCACCACCAGCAAUGUUCCGCCGUUUCGAACUUCUCAGGAAGCUUCGAAGGGAAAGCGUCGCCUAA